AAAUUUUAGUAUAGAUUUCUAUAUUAUCUAAAUAUGAAAGGAACAAAAGGAAGGACUAGCAGAGUAGAGCAACUUAACAAAAUCAAUAGAGUUUUUGAAAAGCUUAGGAAAGAUCGGACCUCUUCAAUGACUAACUCAGGAUCGCAGACAAACUGAAGCUCCAUAAAAUACAAAGUAAAUAAAUCCAAGUUUGGUGAGAGAAGUCUCAGUACUUCUCUGUCUAAAAAGCUAGAGUUUCCCAAAAUCCGUACUCCUGCUCCAAAACUAGAGAAUGUCAUCAGGAGGCUUCAAACGAAGGAGUUCUACAUUAAGCGUAGCGCAUAUGAGAUCCUUGAAGAUGCCCCUAGAAACAUCCAGGAACCAUGCAUGAUUAUAAAGGAUCGUAAGGCUAUCAGGAUGAGGAAUCAUAAAUAAAGUGAUUAAGAACAACCUCAGGUACAAAAAGAAUGAAAUCUUAAAACAAUUCCAUAAUAGAAUGUAUGCGGCAGAACUAGAUAAAUAUGUGAACAAUAAGAUCAGCUUAUUUGCCAAGAGAAAGAAGUUUCAUGAAAAUACGAGCCUCAGUGGGUUAGCUGAUGUGUCCAUGGCCUACCUUGCCCGGACCUAGCACGGUGAACUUCACCAUUGAGAGAGGGUGUUUAUUAUAGUCGAGUAGAAUUCAACCAUUGUUGU